CACCAAAGAGGACAAGAAGAAGGGACAAGCACAAGGAGAAGGACAAGGACAAGGGGGGGAAGGAGAAGAAGAAGACUGAGGGAGGGAAGGAGAAGGGGAAGGCCAAGAAGGGCAUGCUGAAGGACUCGGGGACAUGUUCAGGUUCGGGAAGCACCGCAAGGACGAGCGUCCCGGAGAAAAGAUGGAUCGAAAAGGCUCCAACAAGUGGAGGACGGAGGAGACGCAGGUCUCCGACGAGGAGACGAUGAAGAUGAGGAUGGAGCAGGAGAGGAUCCAGGCCAAGACCCGCGAGCUGAGGGAGCGUCAGGCCCGGGAGCGCGACUACGCCGAGAUCCUGGACCUGCGCCCCCCGGGGAGGGGCUUCGAGGAGGAGCACCCGUACGCCGGGGUCACCCCCCUCAACAGCUCCGUGGACAGCGGGCACAGCCGGCCCCAGAGCCCCCGGGACGACUACCCCCCCCACCAGCAACCCCACCUGCACCACCAGCACCAGCACUCGGACUCCCCCUACACACAGGGCGGCAAGGCCCGCGGCGAGCGGCCCCCGUCGGCAGACAGGUAG